GGGCCGGGCGCCGCCAUGCCCCGGGACAACAUGGCCUCCCUGAUCCAGCGGGUGGCGCGGCAGGCGCGGAUCACCUUCCGCAGCCCGGCGGGCCCGGCCUUCGGGGAGAACCUGCACAAGCUGCAGCAGCUGCUGGACGAGGUGCGCGCCGAGGACUUGCACCUGGCGCCGCGGGGGCCGUCGGCAGCGGCGGCGGCGUCGGGCGGGGGGCUGCCGUGGGCCGGCGUCGUGCCGCCCGUCAGCUACAUGCACAUCUGCGAGACGGAGAGCUUCAGCAUGGGCGUGUUCCUGCUGCGGAGCGGCGCCUGCAUCCCGCUGCACGACCACCCGGGCAUGAACGGCAUGCUGAAGGUGCUGUACGGCACGCUGCGCAUCGCCUGCAUGGACACGCUGCCCCCCGCCGCCGCCGCCCCGCCGCCCGCCGCCGCCGGCGGGCCCUGCCACCGCGCCCUGUUCCGCUCCCGCCAGCACUACACGCCGGCCUCCCCGCCCUGCCUGCUGUCGCCGCACACCGACAACCUCCACCAGAUCGACGCCGUGGACGGGCCCGCCGCCUUCCUUGACAUCCUGGCGCCGCCCUACGACCCCCAACACGGCCGGGACUGCCACUACUACCGCCUGCUGGAGGGGCCGCCGGCGGGCGCCGAGCCGCCCGGGCUGCCGCGGGAGGUCUGGCUGAUGGAGACCCCGCAGGCCGCCGAUUUCUGGUGCGGGGGCGAGCCCUACCCCGGGCCCCGCGUCUGCCUCUGAGGCGGCAGCAGCCCGCGGCCGGCGGCGGCCCGUGGGACCGAUCGGACGGUUGGCGGGAGCCCGCUGCCCCCGCCUGGCUGCCUUCUCCCCCGGCCUCGCCUCACGGACCAGCCUGCCGGAGCUGCCCCAGCCCCGGCGGGCAGCACCGCCGGAACCACUGCUGCGCCUUGCCCAGCGUCCCGGGGCGGCGGGUACGGGCUGGGGUCCCCCAGGAGCGCCGUGACUCCAAGCUGUCCUUUUCCACGGGCCUGCCCGGCUUUAUGAAUCUGGGGCAAUAAAAGCGACAGUCUGUUUUAUCUCCUUUGUGCUGAUGUGGAGGAGCAGCACAGUUAAACUUUGCUCAGUGGAAUGGCUGGGGGGAAAUAAUCCAGCAUCCUGUGUAAAUAGUUAGGGCCGCAUGUCAGCGAGAGGGAUCAGGCUCCGGCAGGGAGAGCAAACGCAAUAAGAAUUGUCAUGGGACACCCCAGCUCUCCCCAGUGGGGCUCCCACUGCCAGAGCCAGCUGGUACCAGUGGGCCAGUGGAGCGUGCCCACCCAGCCUGGGCAGGCGGCUGGUCUGGCUGCAGCCUUUGGGGACUCAGUCUCCAGUGUGAGUCUCAGCAAGAACCUUACACUGCUAACAAGAAACAAACCCAGAACAACGCCUGAGCCAGGACGUGCUUCUCCAGUAAAUGCCAAGGAUCCCCAGGGCUGUAGUUAAAGGAAUCCCUGCUCCGAAGGGACACUGUCAGGUUCAGAAUUACUUUAAUAGUUUCUUAAAUCAUUGUGUGUAAGAUCUUGCUAUUGCAACCAAGAACUACAGAGUACGUCUAUGCAUCUUCCCUUCAGCUAGGAGAAGACUAGUCAGCUGCUAAUUAACCUCGCUCGGGACCUCUCACGCAGCAGUGGAGGGCAGCAGAAACUGGGCAUCUUAAGAGAAAAAAACAACUAUCCACUGUUGUCUUGUGGAAGCUACUCUAUAAACAUUACAUACUUGCAAACCCUAUAUAUAUAGUGGCGCGCAUAUCCUAGGUACAGAUACGGAUUGACCUGAUGUCUUCUCUUUAAAGCAUGGUCUGUUGUUUUUAUACAGACAAAUGAACGCUUGGGGCUUUUGAAGCCUUGUGGUUUCCCUCUUUAUAUACUAUUUAUAAAGACUACUUUUUCAUAACACUUUUAAAUAAACGUAGCGUAGACGAGACCCUGUGAAAUUCACCUUGCUGUGGUGGGAGCAGCCUGGGGGUGAAAUUUGUCUACAGCAGGGGAUACGAUCUUUCUAAGAAGGGAAAAACUUUCUGUAGGUGAAAUACUCGGUCUGUCCCGCAGGGACGGACCUCGUGCCUCUUUGUCCUAACGCACACUUGAAACCACAAACCCAGGCUAGGGCAGCCUUGCCCCUCUUGGUCAAGAUGUGUUUAUCUAAAUUUAAAAAAAACGACUUACCAACCUCCCAAGUGAUGUACCAACCCGCUCCAGAAAUUGUUCCACAAUGGACUUUUAUUUUUCUUUAUGCAAUUAUAAAAGCAGACUUGUUUUUCCUGUACAGUGGCUUGCAUGUGUGAAUUUUUAAAUUAUUCUGAUACAGCAUUGCCUUUUUUUGGGGGGGUUGUUGUUUUUUUUUCUGGCCUGCGAAAGAAUGAAUGUAAAAUACAGUCAGCGUUAUGCAUGCACAAAUUAAUUCUUUUGCAAGGAAAAAUUGGUGGAAUUUCUUUCAAGCAAUUUCCAUUUACUCUUACAGCACUUCAAAGUGCCUGAUAUUUCUGCAGCUGGCUUACCUGUUUUUCCGAGCAUUCCCCUGUGGCUUAGCCUUAGUUAAUGUGCAACGAUUCCCUAUCGAACGUAGUCAUUAACUAUAAGGCAAUGCCUCCCUGUGUCACAGGCUGUUUAUAACUCCCUCCGAGGCUAAUGAAGACCAUCAUGCUUUUUCAGAAGUCCACAUAGAUAGUGUGGUGCAUGCAAACAGCUGUACUGGAAAAACAAACUGCGACAAACAGCAUUUUUUUAUCUCGUCUGCUCUGUCCUCCCUUAGGUCCUUCUGCUUUGUUUUAAAUUGUUUUUCUCCACCUGUGAAGCCAAGUUGAGAUAUUGAAUGGGACAGGACUUUAAUGCAUCUUUCCAUAGAGGACAGCACGGUCCCUUACACUGCAGAGUGCUGUUAAUCGUGGCAAAACCUUUUUAAUAAAUGUGUUAGCAUCAAAGUAUUAAAGCUGGGAAAAGUAGCAAAGAAAACCUGAGAUGCAUUGAAGAAAAGCCUCCUUGUGUAAUUUCUUGCUUAUUCAGUAAUUGAAACUGCGUCAUAUGUUCUGGAUAUCUGUAAGCAGAAGGUUUAAGUCUGUAAUGCCGUUCCUUCUCUCUGCAGUCUGGUUAUUGUGUUUUCACAACAGCAAAAUUACUGUUAUUGCUGAAUUAUAGAAUAAAUUCAGGAUAUCUCA